AUGAUAGACAGUCAAUCCCUUCAUUCGCGACGUGAAGCAAUUGAUUCUGAGAUCCGCGCAUUGAAAGCGCGCUUAGCCAUACUCAAAUCUCAACGGAACACCGUAGCUCUUAUAUCUCAGCUCCCGACCGAGAUUCUCACACACAUCCUAUCAUUGCUCCGUCUAGACGGCCGGCAUGAUUCGUCCAGAUUGAAAGCUACACAUGUCUGCCGACGUUGGAGAGAAGUCGCUCUUGCCUGCCCAUAUCUUUGGUCUGAGGUCACGUCUCUCCGACGCCUUAACGGUAUAUUGGAACUAAUCCGCCGAGCGAAGAACGUUGACCUCACUUUUGACAUCGACGAGACCUUUCCGACAACAAACGUCAUACUGGGCCAAUUGGUGACACAUAUCGGUCGUACCCAAACGCUGAAGCUCGAAAUCGACUACCGUAACUGGAGAUGGUGCAACUCUCUUCUGAUGUCAAAGCCAGCUCCGGCUUUGCAAUCGCUCCAACUGGUGUCCACAACGGACAUCGAGUACCAGCUUCCCUCAGAUAUGUUCAUGGGCACUUGUCCACCUUUACGCUCGCUAUCCUUGAGACGAUGCUUCGUCAAUUUUUCCUCCCCUCUGUUCCAUUGCGAGCUGACACAUUUAACAUUGAUCGACAUUUGUGCCUUUGUUGAUGAAGAAAAUGGGUUCACGAAAAAUUACACGACAGAGCUUCUCAAUGCCCUCAGAGAGUUGCCAUGUCUACUUGAAUUGCACAUAUCGCGGCCGUCGCCGCCGUGGGUUGUUGUCGAUAGCAACCUUGCCAGUCACGCCACCAUUCCCUUACCUCACCUGAAGCUCCUGUACCUCGAGGCCCAUGUCAACUACUGCAGCGGAUUGGUGUCCCACUUUGUCCUCCCUUACUUCACUCGUCUGAAGCUCAGUUCAGAACUGUGGGAGACAAUACCCCCAAUAGAAGCAACCGUCGAGAACGCCGCUGUAGCUGCUGCGACCCAAUUUCUACGACAAUACAUCGGGAACCUGGCUGGAGACACCAGAGUUGCUUCUGUUUGCUUUACAGACGGUUACCAACGUCAAGCCCCCGGGGCUACUCUCAAUAUCUCGCCCGUAGACCCAUCGUCUGACCUGUUUAACCACAAUUCGGUGUCCUCGUUACCGGGUAGUCUGGAAAUUUACCUGACUGGUGAGUCGCACUCACUUGGACAGGCUAUUUUCCGAGCAUUGGGUGCUAUACUUCCCCUUCACGAAAUGCGUUCCUGUUCUCUCGCUGGGUACUUCAACCAUGCGGAAGCAGACUGGUACCCCCUCAUACAGCAGUCGAAGAACGUAACGACGUUGGUAGUAGGCGGAAACAUGGUGGAUGGCUUUGCGAAGGCGCUAGCAACGCUAUCCCAGCAGGACCAUACCGUGCGUCCUUAUCCUCGGCUUCGGCAUCUGCGCAUAGAAAAUGCCGCAUUUGUUCGUGGCAGCCCGGAGUCAUUCUGCAGCGCACUGUGUGCAGGUUUUGACGACGGCCGCUCACUGGCCUUGUCGCUCCGAUCAUGCUCGAUCAAGGAAGCUCACAUCAGAGUCUUAAAGCGUCACUUUACGUCCGUAAAAUGGGACGGAUCGGAAAGCGGAGAGAGAUGGGGACGAGAUACAGACGAGGGCAAUGAGUAAAUACUAUAUAUGCGCACCAGUCACCCAGUCACUGACCAGCUGAAUGUCUGAUUGUGUCAUGAUUCCAUCACGCAUGCUUCAUGUCGAAGAUCGUAUGGAGCAUAUCCUCCGCUUGUCGCUCUUGUUCCUCCUUUUGUACUCUUCCAUGCAUGUACUGCCUCUUCGGCACACUCUAUGCCUCUUAUCGUUUACCGGUCAGCGAAAACAUCUCGUGAUAGU